CCUGACGUUUUCUCAUGUAAACCGGAAGUGAAUACCUGUGCGGAUGGCAACAAGUACGCUCAGGUAGAUUAAGACAUGCUUUGAACUUGUAAAAUCAAUAAAGUCUACGUACAGAGAUAAGAACAACUGAAGAUGCCAAGAAUAGUGGAAUGUGUCCCAAAUUUCUCCGAAGGUCGUUGCAAAGAGGCUGUUGAAGGCAUUGCCAAUGCUAUAGCCAGUACUGAUGGAUGUAAUUUACUGGAUGUGGACCCUGGAGUGUCAACUAACAGGACAGUUUACACUUUUGUUGGUCCACCAGAAGCUGUCGUCCAGGGAGCCCUGAAUGCUGCCAGAGCUGCAUAUACAUAUAUAGAUAUGAGGACACAUACAGGAGAACAUCCAAGAAUGGGUGCCAUGGACGUGUGUCCAUUUAUUCCAGUCCAGAAUGUAACAAUGGAAGAAUGUGCCAUGUGUGCGAAAGAAUUUGGAGAAAAACUAGCAUUAGAUCUUGAUGUACCAGUUUAUUUAUAUGCUGAAGCUACAGAAAUAGAAACAAGAAAAAAAUUAUCCAGCAUAAGAAGUGGGGAAUAUGAAGGAUUACCAGAAAAGAUUCUACAAGAAGAAUGGAAACCAGACUUUGGUCCUGCAGAAUUUAACCCAAGAUGGGGAGCCACUGUGACAGGAGCAAGGAAUUUUCUGGUAGCCUAUAACAUCAAUGUUCUAUCAACAAAGGAGCAAGCACACAGGAUAGCACUGAAUAUCAGAGAACAAGGCAGAGGAGAAGAGCAGACGUAUGGAACAGGUUUUAAUAACGAGCAUUACGGAACAGGCUGGAAUCCCGUGAAAGGGCGAUGUAAAUCUGUGCAGGCCAUAGGAUGGUACUUAGAGGAGGCCAACAUGGCUCAAGUUUCUACCAAUAUAUCAGAUUAUAACGUCACACCCAUACAUAAAGUUUAUGAAGAAGUGUGUAAAGAUGCUGAGGAGUUGAAUUUAGCUAUUUGUGGCUCCCAGAUUGUGGGUUUAGUGCCAUUAGAGGCAUUAAUGCAAGCUGCUGAUUAUUACAUGGAGAAAGAAAAUCUCUUUAUUUUAGAAGAAGACCAGAAACUUAGAUUGGUUAUUAACAGAAUGGGUCUAAACUCACUAGGAGCCUUUAGUCCUAAAGAAAGAAUUAUCGAAUAUAUGAUAUCAGAUGAAAAUGAUGGUCCACUAGUCAGCAUGGAUGUUAAAGAUUUUAUAUUGACUAUUGGGUCAAGGUCACCUACACCUGGUGGUGGAUCAGUGGCAGCACUGUUAGCUUCUCUAGGAUCUGCUCUUGGUGCAAUGGUUGGUUUUCUGACUUAUGGAAACAAAAAGUUUUAUGAACUUGACUCGAGAAUGAGGAAGAUUAUCCCACCAUUGUAUAAAACCAUGAAAGACUUGAUACAAUUUGUUGAUGCAGAUGCUGCUGCCUUCAGUGAAUAUAUGUUGGCAUUAAAGUUACCACAAGACACAGAGGAAGAUAAGGUUUUGAGAGCUGUAGCAAUGCAAGAAGGACUUCAUACUGCUAUCAGGGUACCAUUAACAGUCUCUAGACUGGCUAAUAGUAUGUGGCCAUUCCUAAAGGAACUAGCAGAAAUAGGCAAUAUCAACUGUAAAUCUGAUCUACAGGUUGGUGCCAAGACAUUAGAAACUGCAGUGUGGGGAACAUAUUAUAACAUACAAACAAACCUUACUGAUGUACAAGAUCAGGAAGUUAAAUCUAAGGUGACUGAAGAAAUAGAUGCAGCAAUAAAAUUAGCUGGUGAAUCUUGUGCUGAAGUUCUGAAGAUCUGUGAUGAGAGGAAAGCUUAAAUUGGAGAAGACUUAACAGUAUUUUACAGUGUUAGAGCUUUGUUUGAAUCUGUGACUACUUGAUUGUGUUGCAUUUCUGUCAGCUUUUUGUGAAAGCUUUUUGUUAUAGACUAUUUCAUACAUGUCACUAUCUGAAAUGUGAUUGAGAAAUUGGGAUUGGACUAAAAGUUAAUAAUUGUGAAGAACUUCAAUUUUUUUGUUAAACUUCAAAAUUCUUAUUUAUUUUAAAGAUUACAUUAACCAAAAGAAAUUCUUUCUAUGUUAUGUUUUUAAAUGUUUAAGAUGUAAAUUGACCUGAAAUAUGGUUUUUAUUUGUGUAUUGAUAUAGAUGCUCUUUUGAGUUUGAAUUAAAACUAUUUUCAGGAAAAUGCUUAUGAGGCAAAUUUAUUUGUUUUGGCAAAAUGAUUAUACUAUUUACAUAUAUGUAAUGAUAAAUUUUAAAUCACUUAAGAAUAAUGGCAGGUGAAUUCAAAAUAAUGCCAUAUCUUUUCCAGGGAAUAUAUUUAUGGAAUAUUAUUCCAAAUAUUAAGAUUGAGAUGGCACAGUGCCUGCUUAUGUAAUAUUUUAAAAACCAAAUGUUAUAAGGAAAACUGCAAUUCAUUAUUCAUGAUUUUCCGUACGAAAUGUUUAUAGAGUGUGAACAUUAUUUAUCACUAUUUGUGCCAUAAUUCUUCUGCAUUAAUUAAUAUAACUGAAAUACACCAAGAACAAAAAAGUGAUGGUUAAAAAAAGUUACCAUAACUGUUUUUGAUAAUAUUCAGAUUACCUUUUCAGAACCUUAAGAGUACUAUGCAUACUACAAUUCAUGUACACCUAAACCACAGUUAAUUGACAUAACUGGUUGAAAAUCUAUAUUGAAAGAUACAUUAUGUUAUAAAUGAUGAAUUAUACUUUGUAAAUAAACCUUCAGCAUACUUGAACCUUUAUUUUUAUGUCAAAGGAGACAACUAUUGUUAAAUUUACAUGUAUUAAAGAAUUGAUUAUUUAGAUCUAAAUUUUAAAGUGACAAGUUUUAUAAUUGUUGAUGAAAUUUGACAGCUAAAUUUGAAAUACAAGGAUAUAUUCUGAAAUACAUCCAAGACAAAAAAAUAAAAGCAAUUUAUUUCCAAAUGUGUAUAAACAACAAUUAUUAAAUUAAGAUCUUCUUACAUGCACAUAAUUCUUUUAUUGUCAACUAUCAAGUAUUCAAAAAAUGGAGAAAAAAAAGGUCCAUAAGUGGGUACUUACUUUGUUUGAGACACAAUUUUUUUACAUGUUGAUUUUUAAUUUUAAAGAAAACUAUGUGAACACCAAAAAAACAUGUUUCAAUUUCUAUAUAAAAUAAUAAAUAUAUAAACAGUUAGUUGAAUGUAGAAACCCCCACAUGUUAUAAUUGUGGAGUUCAGAAAAAAAACACAUGUUUUAAGUGUGGAAUAAUGUGCAAUGGUUUGACAUUACAACUAAAUAGUUAAUAAUUAUAGAUAUACAUGUAUUAAUUUAUGUACUUUUAGCAAUAUAUUUUCAUCUAACAUAAACUAAUAUUUUAUUAAAUGUAUAUUUAUAUAUAUGUGUGAUACUCCCAACAGUAUUCCCAUGGUUAAUAAGUCUAUGUUUUUGUCACAAAUAUUCAUAGGUCAACAAUACUUGAUUGACUCUAGAUCUGGAAAGGAAAUGUUUUUGUAAGGCUUUAAACUUAAUGUAACCAAAUAUAUUUUUCAGAUGAUUAAAUUUAAAAUGAUCCGUCCAAUAAAUAUUGUACCUUUAUGCUGAUUCAUCAAAACCUGUUUAUGUAGUUAGAUUUUAUUGUUUGUAAAUAUUAUUAGUCUGGCUUGAAGGAGUUAGUGAAUAUUAAGACUUUGUGUGAUUUGACCUUGUCAAUAUUUCAAGGUUGCAGAACAGAUGUAGUGUCACACAAUUUGCUUUCAUCUUUGUUUCUGUAGACUUUAAAGCUGGGAGAGGGGUUUAACAAUAACAAGCAUAUAGAUCUGAUUAACUAAGAUAUCUCAGAGAUGAAAGAUAUAUCAAGUUUGAGAAUGUAUUGUUAUUAAAGGUCAACCAUAAAAAUGGAUUUUUUACAGUUUUACUAAAACAUCUGAAAUUGUUAGCAAUGAGAAUCCCCUCAUGCAAAUUGAUCUGCCUUUAAUGCAUUUCUUCUUUCACUAUUUUCAAAAAUGGAUUUAAAAUUUUGUGAAAUCAGAAGUAAAAUUUUACCAUCAAAACAAUUCAAUACUUAAAUCAAAUUUAAUAAAAAUACAAAGUUCUAGUUUCAAAAAGAUGUCAGUUGGUUCAUCUACAGAACUUAAAUUUUAAAUCCACACACAUUUACCAUUUUGUUGUUAUUUUAGAAUUGUUUAUUAUUGAUGACAUAUUAUUGAUGACAUAUUUUUGAUUUAUUAUUGCUGAUUAUUCAAUAUUUAAAAGGUUGUGGCUGUGUUAUUUUAGUACUUGCUCAAGUUUGUUUUUUACUUCCUGUUUUUAUUGGCCGUCAUAGAAAUCUUUUUGAAUAAUUUACAUGCAGUUUUUUAUUACAUUCCAAAUGAACACAAUUGUGAUAAAUUAUAGAUUUUUAAGCAUUUAUUUAUGUAAUUUAACUUUGUGUUGUUACUGACCAAAAUAAAUUAUUUG